UCUCCUCCACCCUCCACCACUUCCCUCCCCUUUGCGGGGGAGGUUCCCCAGCCUGAAUGGACCCAUUGAAAUGGAAAAACGACUCCGGAGAUAAAAUGCCACCUCCUUGGUGCAGGGAGGGCAGAGGAUGCAGGAUGGGUACGGACCACAGACUGCAAGAGAGGAGGGCGCUCAAUUCCUUCCGCAAGGUCUCCAAACCCCUCAUGGAGAAGAGGAGACGAGCUCGCAUCAACCUCUCCCUAGAGCAACUCAAAGCUCUGCUGGAAAAGAACUAUUCCCACCAGAUCCGGAAACGCAAGCUGGAGAAGGCAGACAUCCUGGAGCUGAGCGUAAAGUACAUGAAGAGCCUACAGCCCUUGGCCCACCAAGGGGUGCCGCUGACCAAGAGCGCCGAUUACCAGGCCGGUUUUCGGAGUUGCCUGCAAGGAGUGCGCCAGUUCCUGCUGCGCUCCGAAGCGGCCAGCGAAGCUUCCUGCUCCUCUUCCUUCCAGCUCCUGCACCAGCUCGCCCGAGUUCUGCCCAUGGCCGCUGCCGGAGGCGUCUUCAGCACCACGGACAGCGACCCGCAGGCGGCGCCCCCCAAAGCCCGGCUGGCCGCGCUGGGCAGCCCCGGGGGGCCGACGACGACGACUCUCAGAAAAGCGAGGCCGCUGAAGAGCCGAGGGUGCGAGGCCUCCUUCCCCGCGGUGGGAGGCCGCAACCAGGCGGGGAGCGAUCGGGGCCAGAGCGGGCAGCCGCUUCCUGAGCGGAGCCAAGAGCUGUGGCGGCCUUGGUAAGAAACCGGUGCGCCCUGGCCGUGCGCUCUUGCCGUGCGCUCUGGUGCUGCGUCUCCAUUUCGGCCUCCGCCUGCGCGCUAGGUUGGGACUUGCCAUGCUAUGUACAUUUACAUGAGAGUAAACCCCACUGAUCUCCAUGGCGCUUACUCCCGAGGAAACACGCAUGGGCUCCGUGUGUGGCACUCGUCCUAGAACGCUGUAGGCACCACGGUUUGCUUGAGGGGCUGGGAGGGGGCCUUUGAAGACUGGCGGAGAGACUAUUUCUCGAGUUCUAUGAACGCUGUGGACCCACAAGGGAUACUUUGCUCUUCCUUAAAAUGCGUAAGCUGGGUGGUUCCGAUCCAGACCCUAAAGGCCCAGAGUCCGGGUUCCAACUGAACAAAGCGUUUAGUUUCAACGAAGACCUGGUUCUGUCUGAACUGAGCCCCCAUUCUGUGUUGGGCACCAGAUUCUGGCGCUUUAAAAAUCCUUCCUAGCCCCGUGCCCCUAUUUUGUAUUAAAAUUGGGCGGGGAGACAACGCAAGAAAAACAAAACCUGUCAGAAAAAAACGUUUUCACCAUGGACAGAGAGGCAGUGGAAAAGAGGAGGUUUCACCUGUUGGAUUCCUGCCCAUUGCAAAGCUGUUAAAGGAACAUACCCCCCUACAU